AUGGCUUCUACCUUGUCUUGCAACUCUCUCAAUCCCUCAGUGGCAGCUUUCUCAAGAACACACUUCUCAGAUCCUAUGUAUAAAGAUCUUUCAGCAUAUAUUUCACCUUCAUUGAGCUAUGGAAACAGAACAACCAAGCAGAGGAAGAUACCGAUGCAAGUAAAAGCAACAGAACUGCUUGAAGCACCUGUUUCAGUUUCAAAGUCAACGCAGAGUGGAGCUGAAAUUGGUGAGGAUCAAGCUCCUCAGAAGAAGCUUAAAGUGCUUGUAGCUGGUGGAGGGAUUGGUGGUUUGGUUUUUGCUUUGGCUGCAAAGAGGAAAGGAUUUGAGGUACUUGUGUUUGAGAAGGAUUUGAGUGCUAUAAGAGGGGAGGGGCAAUAUAGGGGUCCAAUUCAGAUACAAAGCAAUGCUUUGGCAGCUUUAGAAGCUAUAGAUAUGAAUGUUGCUGAAGAAGUUAUGAGAGUUGGUUGCAUCACAGGUAAUAGAAUCAAUGGGCUUGUCGAUGGAGUUUCUGGGUCUUGGUACAUCAAGUUUGACACAUUCACUCCUGCGGCAGAACGCGGGCUUCCGGUCACUAGAGUUAUUAGUAGAAUGGCUUUACAAGAGAUUCUUGCUCGUGCAGUAGGGGAAGAUGUCAUUAUGAAUGCUAGUAAUGUUGUUGAUUUUGUUGAUCAUGGAACUAAGGUAACGGUGGUGCUGGAGAAUGGGCAGAAAUAUGAUGGAGAUCUCUUGGUUGGAGCAGAUGGGAUUUGGUCCAAGGUGAGGAGAAAGUUAUUUGGGGCAACAGAAGCUACAUACUCUGGCUAUACUUGUUAUACUGGUAUAGCAGAUUUCGUGCCACCUGACAUUGAAUCUGUUGGGUACCGAGUAUUCUUAGGACACAAACAAUACUUUGUAUCAUCAGAUGUCGGUGCUGGAAAGAUGCAAUGGUAUGCAUUUCACCAAGAACCUGCUGGCGGUAUUGACACCCCUAAUGGUAGAAAGGAAAGAUUGUUGAAGUUAUUUGAAGGCUGGUGCGAUAAGAUAAUAGAUUUGCUAGUUGCCACUGAAGAAGAGGCAAUUCUGCGACGAGAUAUAUAUGACAGGAUGCCAACUCUAACCUGGGGAAAGGGUCGCGUGACCUUACUCGGCGAUUCUGUCCAUGCCAUGCAACCAAAUAUGGGCCAAGGAGGAUGCAUGGCUAUUGAGGAUGGAUAUCAACUAGCAUUAGAGUUGGACAAUGGUUGGAAACAAAGUGCAAAAUCUGACUCUCCAAUUGACAUUGAUUCUUCUCUAAAUAGCUAUGAGAGGGAACGAAGAUUGCGAGUUGCUAUUAUUCAUGGAAUGGCUAGAAUGGCAGCUUUGAUGGCUUCCACUUACAAAGCAUAUCUAGGUGUUGGUCUUGGACCCUUGGAGUUUUUAACCAAGUUUAAAAUACCUCAUCCAGGAAGAGUUGGAGGAGGAUUUUUUAUUCACAAGUUGAUGCCUUUGAUGCUAAACUGGGUGUUAGGUGGCAUUAGCUCCAAACUUGAAGGCAGACCACUAUGUUGUAGGCUCUCAGACAAAGCAAAUGACCAGUUACGCACAUGGUUCGAAGAUGAUGAUGCGCUCGAGCGUACUAUUAAUGGAGAAUGGAACUUAUUACCAUGUGGAAAUGAAGCAAGUAUUUUGGAACCUAUAUGUUUGAGUCAAGAUGAGACGAAUCCGUGCAUAAUCGGGAGCAUGCAACAAGAAGAUUAUGCAGGCAGUUUAAUCACAAUACCUUUACCUAAGGUUUCUCAAUUGCAUGCUCGAAUCAACUACAAGGACGAGGCCUUCUUCCUGACCGAUUUACAAAGUCAACACGGCACCUGGAUCACUAACAAUGAAGGAAAACGAUACAGAGUACUUUCGAAUUAUCCUGCGCGCGUCCGUCCUUCUGAUGUGAUUGAGUUUGGUUCUGAUCAGGUUUCGUACCAUGUUAAGGUGACUAGAUCUGCUCCAAGAAUGUCUCAAAAGGAAGGAAUGCAUAUUUUCCAGGAAGUAUAA